AUGCCCGAAAAGCCAUGGGAAAGAGCCAGACAGGCUAACCCUGCCGCCACCUCUGCUGGCCCCGCACCACCCGCCCUGCCUGCCUCCUCACCCGCAGCUAUGUCCUCCAGCACAACCGACCUUGCUGGUCCCCCUGGCCUCCCCGCUCGCUCCAACGCCAUGGGUACCAUGGGUGCUACUUCCACCGGAUACCGACCAGGCAUGAACGGCUACGGUUCUGGAUACGGAAGCACUGGAUACGGAAGCACCGGAUACGGAAGCACCGGAUACGGAAUGUCUGGCUACGGCUCAAGCUACGGAUCCUCGAUGUCCUCACCCUACAGCAGAAUGGGUGGCUACGGCUCAAGUUACGGGUCAUCUAUGUCCUCACCUUACUCCCGCAUGGGCGGAUACGGCUCCUCCUACGGUUCGUCCUACAGCGGAUACGGCUCUAGCUAUGGUGGCUAUGGCAUGAACAGGAUGGGAAUGAACGGCAUGAAUGGCAUGAAUGGCAUGAACGGCAUGAACGGCAUGAACGGCAUGAAUGGCCCUAUGGGUCCCGAGGAGAUGUCUCUGAUGCAGCGUAUGGAACAGGGUUCCGCCCCCACCUUUCAGUUGAUCGAGUCCGUGGUCGGCGCCUUUGGUGGAUUUGCCCAGAUGCUCGAGUCGACCUUUAUGGCCACCCACUCGUCCUUCAUGGCCAUGGUCGGUGUUGCAGAACAGUUUGGCCACUUGCGUGGCUAUCUUGGUCAAGUUUUGAGCAUCUUUGCCCUGCUGAGAUGGGCCAAGAGCCUCGCCUACCGUAUGGUCGGCAUGAAGGCUCCCGUCAACACUCAGGAGCUCACUCCCGGCAACUUUCAGGAGUUCCAGGCCCAGCCGAGAUACUCCAAGCGCCCCAUCGUCAUCUUUUUGCUCGCCGUCUUUGGCUUGCCCUACCUGAUGGGACGCCUGAUCCGUGCUCUUUCCAACAGAAACCCCGCUCCUCAACAGGGUCAGUUGCCCGCCCAGGAGGGCCAAGUCGCUCAACCUGGAGCAGUCGCCCCAGUCAACCCCCAAGGCUUGGACUUUGCCCGCGCCCUCUACGACUUUACGCCCUCCAACACUCAGCAGGAGUUGGCGUUCCGUCGUGGCGAUAUCAUUGCCAUCUUAAGCCGACAGGACCCCAUGGGCCAGGAUUCGCUCUGGUGGAGAGGACGUCUUCGCAACGGUGAGAUGGGUCUCUUCCCCAGCAACUAUGUUGAAAUCAUCAACAAGGGCGGUAAUGGCAACAGCAGCGGUAACAGCGGAAACCCAGCCGUCGGGCCUACAGGUCUUCCUGGAGCACCCGGCGCACCCAACAUGAUGUCGUCUUCAGCAGCUGGACCAGCCGCAAACGGAUUCCCUGCUCAGCCAACAUCUCAACAGUCUGCUGAUAUUCAGGCUGCCCUUGCCGGUUCUGCCUUUGAAGAGUUCAAAUUUUAA